AAGACAGAACAGAUUCUUUAAACCAAUCAGAAGAUAAUCCUAAUCCAGAAUUCUCAAAAGAAAUUGCAGAACUUCUCAUGGGUUGGAGUCCUUGGUCAUACGCAUCGCUUAGUAAGACCUUAGUAAAUCAAAACCAAACCCAAGAAAUCGAUCCAAUUCAACCCCCUCAAAAAGUCGAAGAACAAACUCAAACUCAAACUCAGAAAGAUAAAAUGAGAUUUCAAGGAUUUAAAAUCUUCAAAAAAACUCCUCAUCAAGAAGACAAAUCAACCCCAACCACACCAACCACACCAACCAGACGUAAACUAAAAAAAUCCAGACCAACCUCCAAACCAAAACCUCAAACCAAAUCCAAAAAACAAUUCAAAAAGAAUUUAUCAAUUAAAGUUAUACCUGAUAGUCAAACAGAAGCAGAAGCCAUCAUUCAAUCAACUUAUUCUAAUAUAAUCUCAAAUACAAAUUAUACUUCAAAUGAUUUCUUUCAUGAUCAAAUCAUUACAAGAAAACCUAAAUUGAUUUCACUUGAAUCUGCACAACAAGCUCAAUUUGGUCGUAAUACUAAUACUGAUACUAGAGAAAUGAUUGGAGUGGCCAGAUGAUUUGUUCUGUUUGUGAGUGUUUUAAUGUUAACACCAGAAAGUUUUUUAUUCGUCUUUCAUCUUUUAUUUUUUUCCCAUAAUUAAUCAACCUAUUCAAUUCUUUUGAUACCUUGAAGGACAACAUAUUUUCUUAUUUUUCUUCUAUUCUUUUGUGCUUGCAUUUUUGAAUUUGAAGUUUCUAAUAAUCAUUUUAUAUUCUUUC